UAUAAAUACAAGGUUAAAAAGAGCUAGUCCAUUAUUAAAGUUGCUAAGGGGACGGAGGUGGCAGUGCCCGCCAAUUCCCGGUCCCGUCAGAUAAGGAGAUAUUUGUUAAACACAGCACAGUAAAACUAAUUCGGUCGACUAUAAAUUUUUAAUGAAUUCAAUUACCAAACCAAAUAAGUUAUAUAACCGAAAAUCUGCUUUAAUAGAGAUGAAGAAAUAGAGACAAAGUGAAAAAAAACAGCGUGAUCAGCAUGAAGAGAAAAGCUAGAGCUAUAAAGGUGAAACCUCUGCAAACGCUACCGGCAUGCACCGACGCACAUUCCGAUCACCGCCUCAUUUCCACCUCUACCUCCGUCUCAACCCAAUUCACACUGCCUCAUGAUUGGUUGGUUCAGCAUAAACCCCGCCCUAGCAGGCCUUCUCAAAUUGACAAGUAUUAUAUUGAACCCGGUACAGGAAAUGUGUUUCGGUCGCUGGUAGCGGUUGAGAGAUACCUUAGGGAUGGCGAAACACAUGCCUCCCCAGACAAGGUGUUGAAAGAAUCAGGCAACAAAUGUACGCAAAUUAUUCUCUUGAACACCAAGAGCAGUUCAAAGUUUACACUUCCUGAUGAUUGGAUCAUUGGGAUAAAUGAAAGGAAGAAGGGAGCUACUGCUGGUCGUAUUGACAAGUACUAUGUUGAGCCAGGGACUGGACGUCAAUUUCGCUCCUUAAGAGAUGUUGAGAGACACCUGAAAGAGACAAACAUGGUCACAGCGCCAGUCAAGAUCCAACAUUCUCUACUUAUCACUGAGAGGCCCCCGAACUUUGUACUACCUGAUGGUUGGAUCAUUCAGAAAACUCCACGACGCAAGAGCAUUUAUAGUGAUAGGCCUUGUAAGCACUAUGUUGAGCUGAAGACCGGAAAUGUAUUCAGGUCAUUAAAAGCUGUUGAGAGACACCUAAAAGAAGAAGAAGCAAAGGAAUAUGCAAUGACACUCAAUGCAUUCAAACAUUCCCAUAAGCGUAAGGUUUCAACCAAAUCUGAUUCCCAUAAUGUAUGUGCACCUGAUGAGACACGUUCUACUAAAGUUAAUGAUGACCCCCCUACAACAUAUAACGAACAUACAAUUGUGUCAAAGGAAGUCACACAUCACAAUGUUUCCGGACUUUUUGACCAUUCUGAUUCGCCAAAAAAAAGUAACCCGAGAGAAGAAGUUGAAGCCUCAAUGGAUGAUUUUUCCUGCACACCAUCGAAGAUAAAGUGGGUUCUAGGUGGUCCUGCUGGAGAUAUGUGGAAUCCUUUUGUUGGUGAUUUUAUGGUCCCAGAAUCUAUGAAGCAAAAGUGGUCUGAAACCUUUAUAUCAUCCCUCCAUGGUGAAAAGCUUAAACCAGGCGUUUGUGGUAUGAAUGAUUUUCUGGCAAAGUAGUGUUCUCGUGCUGAUUUUGUGAAUAUGAAAGAAUGUAAUGCCACGAGGUUCAUAUACGUACUUGAAGUUGAAAAUGAGUUUUGUCUCAACCAGAAGACAUAUAUAAAUAGAAGUAAAUGUACAUAUUUUUUCAUGGACUGAAUGCAAAGAUGCCUGGUUGAUUAGUCUGAAUCACUUUUGGCCAAGUUUUUCUUUUGAGACCAGUUUUUUAUUAUUAAUUCCCUUGUAUAACUUUGGACUCAAGUGGCAAGUGCAAGUGCAAGUGCAACCUGAGCACAGUUGCAGAGAAUAAAGAGAAGAUCUAUGUAUGCGUACACAUCAAAAA